AUGGCUUCAAUUUUUCAUCUUGGUCUUUCAAAAGACUUCUCCUUAAUAUUAGAUGAUGCAGAUGAUUACAAUGUUAUUAUACAAGUUGGUGAAAAUCAAAAUAUGAAAGAAUUUCGUGCACAUUCAGUUAUUUUACGUGCUCGUUCUUCUUAUUUCAAAGGAGCUCUUUCUUCUAAUUGGGUUACAAAGAAAGAUAAUAUGAUUAUAUUUAGUAAACCGAAUUUAACACCAACUAUUUUUGAUAUGAUUUUGAGAUAUAUUUACACUGGUGAACUUGAUUUAACUAAACAAUCGGGUGAAAAUAUUCUUGGUCUAUUAGUUGCAUCUGAUGAAUUACUACUUGAAGAGUUAUUUGAACAUGUUCAAGAUUAUUUAAUUAAGAAACAAAACAUAUGGGUUCGUCAAAAUUUUGUUCUCGUUCUUAAUACAGUUUUUAGACUUGUCAGUUGUAAGAACUUGCAAGACUAUUGUUUUGAAUCUAUCUGUGAAGAUCCUUUGCCAUUUAUUACUUCAAAAUCUUUUCUUUCAUUGGAUAAAGACUCUCUUUUUAAUUUGCUUGAAAGUGAUAACUUACAAAUUGAAGAAGUUAAAGUUUGGGAUUAUUUAAUUAAAUGGGGUAUUGAACAAACUUCUGCUGGUUUAGGAAGUAGUAGUAAUAGUGAUAGAACAAAUUGGGAUAAUGAUAAUUAUGAUUCAUUGAAACAAAUUUUAAAUCAAUUUAUUCCUCUUAUUCGAUUUGUGGGAAUUUCUCAUAAAGACUUAUUUAAUAAAGUCUAUCCAUAUAAGGCCAUUAUCCCUAGUCACAUUUUUAAAGAAAUUGAAGAAUUUUAUUAUAAUAGUAUUUCACCAUCUUUACCAAUUAGAAUAAGAAAAAUUAAAUCAAAUAUUAUUAACUUAGAACUUGUAAAUCCAAUUAUAGAAAAUUGGAUUGUUAAAAAAAAUUCUAAAAAUCCUCGUACUGGUAAUGAUCUAUUAUAUAGGUUUAAACCUAUUUAUCGUAGUAUUCGUGACGGAAUUAGUGAUUAUUCAUUUAGAAAUAAAUGUAAUGGUCGAGUAGCAAGUUUAGUUUUGGUUAAAGUUGAAAAUACAAGUAAAAUUUUUGGUGGAUACAGUUCUAUCGGAUUUAGUUCAUUAGGAUAUAAUUUUAAUAAUGUUCAUAGUCUUAAAUUUUAUGAUUCAUCAGAUAAUUUUAUUUUCUCGUUUGAAGAUAGUGAAGAUACUCAAAAUAUGAAAAUAAGUCGGGUAGUAAAUAAAUCUCGUGCCAUAUUAGAUUGUUAUAGUGGAUUUAAUUUUGGUCAAGGUUCAUUGGUCAUGGACAAUGAAAAAUUAUUUGUUAAUUAUAAUGCUUGCCAAAAUUAUGAAAAUAAUUUAAAUAUUGAGGCGGCAACUUAUACUAUUAAGGAAAUUGAAACCUUUAUUGAAGAUAGAUAA